CGUAAGUGCGUGCGUACGUUCACAUCGUGUCCCUGUUCUGUUGACUGAGAAGCCCCUAGCGCGGACCUGCCAACGCCCGGUGUAGCGACUCCUACAGAGAAAACGGUGUUGAAUGAGUGGUGCAGACUGUAAAACGCAGCUAUGCAGACCAUCAAGUGUGUUGUAGUUGGAGACGGUGCUGUGGGUAAAACCUGCCUGCUCAUAUCCUACACCACAAACAAGUUCCCAUCUGAAUAUGUACCGACGGUGUUUGAUAACUAUGCUGUAACCGUAAUGAUUGGGGGUGAACCCUACACCCUGGGCCUGUUUGAUACAGCAGGUCAGGAGGACUACGACAGGUUACGUCCUCUGAGUUAUCCCCAGACAGACGUCUUCCUUGUCUGUUUUUCAGUCGUGUCUCCAUCCUCUUUUGAAAAUGUCAAAGAAAAGUGGGUUCCAGAGAUCACCCACCACUGUCCAAAGACGCCCUUCCUCCUAGUUGGGACUCAGAUCGACUUGCGUGAUGACCCCUCCACUAUAGAGAAGCUGGCCAAGAACAAGCAGAAGCCAAUCACUCCAGAGACGGCUGAGAAGCUGGCAAGAGACCUAAAGGCUGUGAAAUACGUUGAGUGCUCAGCCCUCACACAGAAAGGCCUAAAGAAUGUGUUUGAUGAGGCAAUAUUGGCUGCAUUGGAGCCCCCAGAGCCCAAGAAGAAACGUAAAUGUGUGCUGCUAUGAGUGGGUCACACCUUACCACAAAUACUACACACACACAAACACACACACACACUUUGCGUACCCCCACCACACACACACAAACACACACAUUUUCCUUGCUCUGUUAAGGCUGGUUGACAACAUAGUCCUCCACAGGGUAGACUAGACAGAAGCAGCCCACCAAGUUUUAGACAUUUCUUUGCAACAUGAAGCUCCAGCACUCGUCUGAAUCUGGACCCCCGGGUGUAAGCGGUCUUGGCCAACAGGCCGCAGGGGCUGCCGGCAGGGCGGGACAUCCUCUCCGCUCAGAAUGUGGCCUCGUUAGGUUUUAGACGCUCAGCCUUUUAGUUGUCUUCAGCCAAUGAAGCUCUUGUGGUUCAAAGCCCCGCCUCAGCUCCUCCCAGCUACCUGAUUGGUGGCUGCCCRUUCUCAUCGGCCAACCACCGUUGUUCUUUCUCAACACCACCACUCAGUGUGUGCAGUGUUGUUAGAUUUUGUUUGCCAACACCUCCUCCCUCAGACCGAAGACGUCAGAGGCCUGGUCCAUACGGACCAGCUCUGGGACACUGGGCAGGUGUGUCUGCUGAUGGGGGGCUUCCCCAGUGCUGACUGUCAUUCCUCCAGUUCUAACGGCUCUGCUAGUCCACCACAGGAAUUGGCCUUUUUCAAUGCAGGGAACUUAAACAGUGUUAGCAGAACAAGUGGUGUGUUCUUCACUCAUUAGCAGGGACCAAACUGUUCCUCCCCACCCUCCACCCUGGAUGCCACGCUUCAGUUGUUUUUUUUUUUAGGAUGUAAAAGAGUGAAAGUCAUCUGAGGGGUCCACUGUAUGGGAGCAGAGUAUUGGGUGGUCUGGGAGCUGCACUCUGGUCUCUGCUCACACCAAGAGGGUUAACAGAUGUAAUUAUAAUGUAAGCUGCCACACAAUGUUGUUGUAGGCUCCAGAUGGUUUUUACCAAAAUCAGUUUUCUUUAUUUCUGUUUUGUGUUGUUUUUUUAUUAUCUAUAAAUAUAUAAAACAUUACUCCUUCACAUGUAGGGGUCUGAACUCACCUGAACUCUUACCUGCCAGUUUAAACCAAGCAAACUUCUGAUUUGAGUUAGUUCAAUAUGGAAACCUUCAGUGAUACAGACUGUUGGGUAAUGAUGAUGUGAUCGGUUGAUUUUAGAUUUUAUUUUUAUUUUUCUGUCUCUACUGGUGGUUUAGAGUUGGGUUGAUUUCCAGCCUGAGUCAGUAUGAUUAUUAUAACCUGUUGUUGUUUUGGUGAAAAACCAAAUGCUUUGUCUAAAGUCUUUGUUCUUUGUAUAUGCAUUCUUUUCAGAAAUAUUAAACUUAUACCUUAAUUGCCUUUAUUAUGUUUUUCUUCCUUUUCUUUUAUUCAAACAGUAAAACAGAUCUCUCUCCAAACAUGAUUGUUUUUUUUUUUUUUUGGUUUAACUUUGUUUUUAUGUUAUGUGGCCGCCUUCAAAUCUGUCAGUAAUAUCGUGACUUCCAAAGUUGGUCUAAAGACCUGUGAGGUUAUUAAUAUGAACUGAACUGAGUGUUGUGCUGGUUUUAACCAGCAGGUGGUGCUGUUCAUCUAGGAAUCCAUGUUUUUAUUUUUAUUUUUAUUUUUAUUUUUUACCAUCUGUGGAAGAUUUACUUCACUACAAAAGUGUAUUCUAUAAAUAAAUCUGAUACCUGAGUGUGUCUAACAAACUCA